AAUUCCCAAAUCUGGAAUUCCCAAUUCCGUAAUCCGAAGGCCUGCUCGUUUGGUCUCAGUCUCGUCUCCGCGACUCCGGUCACCCUCCGGUCACUCCGCCCGUCAGCCGCUGGUCGCUCCGGACGCCGGUUCGUCACUGUUGUCUGGAUUGGACAAACGAGGAAACUUCAAUCACUGAGGAAGAACACACCAUCAUUUACACGAAGAAUUAGGAAUCUGGAAACAGAUGGUCUGUACUCUACUACUCUGUAAUUGCAGGAAGAUUACUGGGAUGAAGACAAAGAAAACAGGAAAUUUGUGAAUUGCUCAUAAGUUUGUGACGGUGGAAUUCUCAAAGGUGUAUUUCUACAAUUUUCAUCGAAAUUCUAUUUCGCAGCAUUUGACAGGUGCCUCCUUUCCUUUUCCUUGACUCAAAGACCCGAAGGCUAAACCACUCGAGCAAAAUAAGAACAGGAGGAGGUGAAAAUGGAUAUGGAAACCCUGGGGAUGAGACCUGGAGUUAUCAUGGUCGGAUCCCAGAGCGUUGGUAAACGGACCCUCCUUUCUCGACUGUUUCCCAUUGAUUUUGAAGAUGCCCAUAAUCCAUCAUCGAAGUUACUUGCCUAUGGGUGGACAAUCAACACAAAGUACUAUACAGCUGAUGUUUCGGUUUGGAUGGCUCAUCUUCACGACGAGUUCUCUAUUGCGAGCCUGCCAAUGGUUGAUAAGUUAUCUGCCUUGGUGAUGGUGUUCGAUGUUAAUGAUCUCUCUUCGUUUGCUGCUCUUAAAGAUUGGGUGAAGCAAACUGAUAUUCGGAAAUUCGAUAUACUGCUAUGUAUUGGUAACAAAGUUGAUCUUCUUCCUCAUCAUCCAGCUCAUGCUGAAUACAGGAGAUGCCUGCUGAAGCACGAAGAAUCUUCUGGCAGUUCUCAUCUAGACAUGGCGGACUAUGGGAUUUCUGAAUCUGAAGGGAGUAGUUUAUUGGGAGAUGAAGAACCAUCAUCAGAGAUUACCAAGUCUUGCUUGGAAUGGUGCAUUGAACAUAACAUUGAAUACAUUGAAGCAUGUGCAUCUAAUGCUGAUUUUGACAAAUGUCUGUCCAUAGAUGGAGAUUCACAGGGUGUUGAACGACUCUUUGGAGCUCUCUCUGCUCACAUGUGGCCUGGAAUGUCCUUGAAGUCUGGUGAUGAGAUAAAAGAACCUACAUUACCUGAACAAGAAGAUUUAUCAGAAGAAGAAUCCGAGUAUGAACUUGAAUACGAAGUCUUAUCUACCGGUUCUGCGGAACCAUGGGAUGACACAGAUGUAUGGAUGUCUGCAGAUGGUCCUGCUUCAGUCACAGGGACUGGGGAACCAUCUGCAAGCAAUCUUGACCCUAAGAACUUUGAUCGCAAGAUUGAUGUUGGAUCUGUCGGAGAAGAGUACAAGCCAGGAGAAGAGUACAAGCCGUCAACAUCAUCAUCUCAGCUGCAGGAAGAGCUUGACAUGGACAAAACACCCAAUACACAUGAAGCAGACAGAACUUCGGAACUUGAUGAGUCUAAGACUUACGAUAUUGAGGAUCUGGAAAUGUUGAUGUCUGAAAUUGGGAAUAUGCGCAGCAGUUUGAGGUUAAUGCCGGAUUUCCAGAGACGGGAAAUCGCUGCAAAACUUGCCAUGAAAAUGGCUGCAAUGUUUGGCGAUAGCAGUGGAGGUGAAGAGGGACUUGAUUGAUUUGUGGCACGCACUAAGAUGAACUUUGCUAUCAACUUCAAGGGGUUAAAAUCUGCUCGGUUAUGUAAUCAACGUGAACUAGACUGCUUCAAUUACUCUUCCGAGUUCGAAGAUCCAUGAAAAAUAUAUUCUGUUGACAAAAUUCAAAAUAAUUACAUGUACUUAUUUGAGGUGGGAAUGGCAGACUUCCUUGGGAGAGUAUUAAAUUGUCCUGAAAGUUGUAUUUUCUUAUGAACCAGCUAAUUAACUACAAAAGGGCUUUGAGAUUUUAAUGUAAGGAUCUGUCCCAUCUUCGCAGGUUUUAUAAGGGCUUCAUAUGUUACACUAAUUUGAUGAAGGAAGUUGCGAUAAAAACGUUA